AUGCCACCUUCGCCAGUUAGUACCGCCCGCAUCCUCGCCAUCUUGGAUGCCUCGAAGCCAGAGGUUUCACAAAGAGAGCCCAGAGGUGCUGAUAUCGCAGCAUUUCACAAUACGGAUAAGUUUUCUACCACCACCUCCAAGAAGAAAACACAUUUUACCAUGGACGCCUUCCAAGCCAAGUUGAACGCCCUCAAUGCCACUUUCAAGCUCAAGUCUUUCAAGUUGAGAAAGAUGAACGACAGCUCCCUCCACUGGAAGCCUUCAGUCGAACCUGACGCUCCUAGCGUCCACUCCACCACCACUUCCCCCGUCGAGUCCCCCGAGGCCCAGCCUCCAGCAAUUGUGGUCCGCACCGUGGACUACAAAACCUUGGCUGCUUGCAGCCCAAUGCCCCAAGGGCCUACGGAUGUUCCUGAGAUUCACAACGGCCCUCAAAGCCAGAAUCUCCUUGGAGCCUCUCCCCAGGAGGCCAACAGAAACCCUCCUGUUUCCGAAUAUGUGAAGGAAGCCUCCUACGCCAAAUCGGAGCACACUUUGGUCGCCAAAGUUGCAAACGAUAAGGCUUCCUCGCAUGCCCCUCGUGAGUACUUCGCUCACCACUUUGACGCUUCGCCAGAGCAGUUCGCUGCACCAGAAGCACCCACGGGUCCUGGGAUUUCCCAAUUCAAGCCCCGUUCUAGACUGUCUACUGUCUUUGUUGAAGAGGUCCCCCCACCUCAAGAGCCCAAGGUUCCACUCAACAAGCGCUUUUCACAAGCAGUCUCUCGAACCACUGCUCGCUGGGCCUACCGUCGCCAGCUCCGCAGAGAGCACCGUGAGGAGGACAGAGCCCUCAAGGCGGUCCAGAAGCAGACCAAGCACAAGAUCAAGAUGGAAAAACGCAAGCUCAAGCUCAUUGAAAAGGAGAAGCAGUUGGACCGCUUGAAGUCGCAAUACAACGACGCUGUGCACCAGAAGAACCAGCAGGUCCAGAAGCACAAGCAGGCUGCCUACCAGAGAAAGCUUGACGCUGAACAGGCUGAACAGAGAAGAAAGCUAGAGAAUUUGGAGUACCAGAUGCUCCAGGUCAAGGCCAACAGAAAGGCUGCUGCCGCCUUGAAGGCUCGUCUUGCUGCCGACCACAAGCACUCCAGCUCCAAGAAGACCACCCACAAGGUCUCUCCCCAGACCUCCAAGCUUUCCCCCAAGUCGAGUGUUUUCACAGGCAAGGAAAGCGUGUCUUCUUCCAAGACUUCUGUCGAUGGCCAGGCUAGACUUUCACAAACUCCCCCAAAGUCCAGCAAGGCUCAGACCCCAGCCGCUCCACACCAACACCUUCCCCUUAUGUUGGUGAACGGCUGCAUCAACAACAAGAUUGAGACCAAUCCUUGGAACCAUGGUGUUGGCGCCGAAGUCCGCAGCAUGCUUGGAAAGGAGAGACCUGUUCUCAACAUUGUGUCGAAGCCCAAGGCUCCCCAGCCGGCUCCACAGAAGCCCAAGACAAGGACCGUCACACUCUCAGCUACCAUUCAGAAGUUGAAGAGUCCUUUCUUGAAGAAGGCCAGUCUUGUCGUUGACGAGGCUCCACAGAAGGAGUCUCUCAAGAAGUCUCCCCAGGCUGAAGCUCCCAAGAAGUCUCCCCAGGCUUCAGCCAAGUCCACUCUUAAGCCUGCUUCCCCCAAGCCUGCUCCCAGGAAGAAGACCCCCUUCUGGUUCACUGAGGAGUACAAGAAGAAGCGCCAGGAGAUUGCAAAGAAGGACAAGCCGCCUCGGUUUGCGCCCUCUCAGGCUGAGAUCGACAACGCCAUCUUGAGCUUCCACGCUCGUUCCAGACGGUGA